GUGUGUGUGUGUGUGUGUGUGUGUGUGUGUGUGUGUGUGUGUGUGUGUGUGUGUGUGUGUGUGUGUGUGAGAGAGAGAGAGAGAGAGAGAGAAACGAAGCUUCGUACGUCACUGGUCAUGUGAUCAUCACAAAACGAAACAAUCUCCGAUACAAAACUUCACUCUUCACUCUCAUUUCAUGUCUUUGAUACACGCCUCGAAGCGCAUAUCAACAUUUUACAGGAGCCUAGGCAUACAACUCAGACCUAACAUGAGUAGUUAGCCUACUUUUUUUGUAGGCUAAUGUCGUGCGGCCUAGCCCACUUGGGUUAAGAUUCGGAUCAAAAGUGAAAGUGAUAGAUAGCGCUACUUGUUUACAGCAUUCAUUGCUGUCGAAGAGCUAUCAUACACACGGACAUGGCUUCUGACUUCGGAAUAAUGAGUUCAGCUCGAUGGGUGCUACAUGCUGUGGUGACACUGCCAAGCAAAGUGUUCAGUUAUCUCUGGGAAUGGAUAAUGAAGAUCAUCAACGGAUUCAGAAAAUGGCUGUAUGCUGUGGUGACACUGCUAAGUGAAAUAUACAGCUAUCUCUGGGCAUUGGGAGCGAGUAUCAUCAACGGAUUGAGAAAAUGGCUGGAUACUGUGGUGACACUGCUAAGUGAAAUAUACAGCUAUCUCUGGGCAUUGGGAGCGAGUAUCAUCAACGGAAUAUACAGCUAUCUCUGGGCAUUGGGAGCGAGUAUCAUCAACGGAUUAAGAAAAUUUUUUUUAGGUCUUUAUGCUUUGGUGACACUGCCAAGUAACAUCAUCAACGGAUUGUUAAGAAAAUUAGUGUUGUCUUUGUGUGGGACAGUGCCGACCAUUAAAGUGUUCACCAUCCUCACUGGGAACACCCUGGGCUCCCAUGAGAGCUUCCGGAACCGUCUCAGCACUCGGAUGAUGCUGGUGGAAAAGCCGUCAGCUGAGGACUGUGACGUCAUCCUGGCUUACUGUCCAAUCGUUUCUCGAGUCGGAACUGACAUUGAGGCGGCACUCUCUGUUAUUCCAAAUUGCCGACCUGCAGUCCUAAUGGUGUUCCACCACACCAAUGACAAAUAUUACAUUGUGCCAAACACCAGCCGAUUUACUCAACACAGGGGUAUACAGACAGUUGACUGCUUGUUCAAUGAUGAUGGACUGUUGCACGCCCCCCGAAAUGAUGAGGCUUUCAGACUUGCAGUGGAACAUUUGAAAGUAUUUCAGGAGCAUGAAAUGUCCUCGGUGCUCCGACUUUUAUCCCCUCUGCGCUGUGUAUAUGAUUUCAUAAGAGACUUAAUUAUUGGACCUCAACUGGGAGAUGGACGUACCAAUCGGUAUUAAGACAGGCUAUUGUAUAUUUACGGCCGUUCAUGAUAGUUCCUUCAAGUGAACCUAGGCAUCAAUGUUUUGACCUUGUUGGCCAUAUAGUAAUGCUGGCUGUGCUCUAGACUACAGUAUAAGCAGAUGGAUAUCAUAUAAAAGAUGGAGUAUGGUUUUGAGAAUGAAAUCAGAUGCAUUGAACAUGCAAAAGGGAAUAUGAGGAAACAUUUAAUAAGUUUGCUUUAAAGCAACACUAAAGAGUUUUUUUGUACCUUAAAAUAAUGUUUCCAAAAUAAUGUCAGUGGUUUAUCAACUCGUAACGGGGUGAAGGGCACGAUCUGCUAUCACUUCGCGGCCCUCUAUCGGCCAUAACCACACUAUGUAAUUUUACUAGAUCGGGUAGGUGUAUCUGUAGUUUGAUGAAAUGAGACAUAAGAAAUUUGUCUUGCUUCGAUGUCGCAAUACAUCAUAAUUUCAUAAAAUCAUGCAACACACUCUACCUUGUCUGUGGAAAAUCGUUAUUCGCUGGAUAAACAAAUAGUGUGUGUGCGACAAAAGAAAAGUGCUUUAGUGUUGCUUUCAUGUCCAACAGAUAUUGAUUCACUUUGAUUGUUAAUUUGACGUGUGUCAUGUCCUUGGUCCUCAAAAUAUGAGUUUGAGAGUUACUGAAAAUGGCAUUUUCUCUAUCUGUACAGAAAUAAAGAAGUGACAUCACGAUUGUGAUAGAA